CUCUAGUCUGGUGUCAAAAUCUAGCACAUCAUUUUUUUAGGACAUGGCAUUGUCACUAAUGCCAAGAAUUGUUCCACAAACCAAAGAUGUUUGUAAAGGAGCAGUUUUCUUUCUACAUGGAUCAGGUGACACUGGUAUAGGAAUACAAGACUGGUUGAGGUCAAUUCUAGAUGAUGACUUUAAAUUCCCUCAUUUGAAGGUUAUCUUUCCUACUGCUCCUUUAAGACCUUACACACCUAAUAAUGGAGGGAAAAGCUAUGUAUGGUUUGACAGGAAAAAUAUUUCACCGUUUGUAUCUGAACAUGAAACAUUAGAUGAAACAGCUAAGAGUUUAUCUCAGUUGAUACAGACUGAAGUAGACGGUGGCAUUCCAUUAUCCAGAAUUAUUAUAGGUGGAUUUUCAAUGGGAGGUGCUAUGUCAUACCACAUGGGAUACAGAUAUUUUCCACAAGUUCCAGGAGUGUUUGCCCUUUCCAGUUUUCUAAAUAAUGGAUCCUCGGUGUUUAAGGCAUUAGAAACUGUAAGUGACAAAUCAAAAUUACCCAAGUUAUUUUGUUGUCAUGGUGAUCUGGACCAACUUGUUUUACCAGAAUGGGGACUGAAUACAAGCAAACAGUUACAAGACAUUGGAAUAUCAACAGAGUUUCAUAAAUUUAAUUUUUAUCAUGAAAUGAACUUUAAGGAAAUCAGCAUGUUGAGAGAAUGGAUUUUGAAAUUAAUACCAGAAAAUUCAAGUCAAUUGUGAUAUGAAUUAGUUGUGCUGUUAAGUACUGUACAAUAUAUUGAGAAAGUUUUAUGCAGGAGUGAUUGAUUUUAAGCCUUAUUAUAACAGAUGGGUUUAAUUUGUUUUAAAAAAAUCUUAUCUCUCUGAAAUAAAGAAAAAUGAUCAGAGCAUUUAUGGUAUUAUUCUUUAAAAGUCUUUAAUACCAAAACCCAAAAUAAGUUUUUAAAAUUUAAUUUGAACUAUGGCUAAGAGCGCAGACAGUAAACAAGUGAUACAAAAAUGUGAUUGGAUUUAUUAAAAAAUUGAAUUGAUUUUAUACGAUAAUUUGUAGAUAAAGAUCAUAUACCACUAAUUUGAAUUCCACGAUUUCCAUAUAAAACUAAGAAGAUGUUGUAUGAUUGCCAAUGAGACAACUCUCAACAAGAGACCAAAUUUCAGAAAUUAACUACUGAAGGUCACUCACUGUACAGUUUCUGAAAUAAGCAUCAUUUGGAA